AUGUCCCGGGCUCUGUUCACCUAUGAAGGCAACAGCAACGACCUGCGCGUGGCCGGCUCCGGAGAUGGUGGCCUGGAGGAGAUGGUGGAGGAGCUCAACAGCGGGAAGGUGAUGUACGCCUUCUGUAGGGUGAAGGAUCCUAACUCUGGCCUGCCCAAAUAUGUCCUCAUCAACUGGACUGGUGAAGGCGUGAAUGACGUGAGGAAAGGAGCCUGUGCCAACCACGUCAGCACCGUAGCGAACUUCUUAAAGGGGGCUCAUGUCACCAUCAACGCUCGCGCGGAUGAGGAUGUGGAGCCUGAGCUCAUCAUGGAGAAGGUUGCCAAGGCCUCUGGGGCCAACUACAACUUCCACAAGGAGAGCAGCAAGUUCCAGGAUUCGGGCCCUCAGGCUCCUGUGGGCUCUGUCUACCAGAAGACGAAUGCCAUGUCGGAAAUCAAGAGAGUCAAUAAAGAUAACUUCUGGGCCAAAGCCGAGAAAGAUGAAGAAAACCGUCGGCUGGAGGAGAAGAGGAGAGCGGAGGAGGAGCGGCAGCGGUUGGAGAGGGAGCGUCAGGAGCGGGAGCUGCAGGAAGCGGCGGGGCGAGAGCAGAGAUACAAAGCGAGAUCCAACGAAAUCGAAGCCCAGAAGUGACAGCAGCAGGAGGCCGAGAACAGGGACAAGGAGCAGCAGCAAUGGAAGGAGCACGCCGAGGAGUACGAGGCCAGGCAGCGGAAGGGCUUCAAGAGAAGCGAAUCGGUGGAGAAAGCCCAGGAGGCCGCCUCGCUGAUAGCGCAGCGGGCGGUGAACCCCCGCGACAUCUUCAAGCAGAAGGAGAAGUCGGUGCCGGCGGACGCGGCGACGGCAUCCCAGCCAGGCAAGCUUCGCAGCCCUUUCCUGCAGAAGGAGGUGAACUCUGUGCCGAGUCCUGCUUCUCCCGUCUCUCCUGCCCGGGAUGCUCCCGCAGCCUCCUUCACCUCCUCCAACGCUUGGGGGACACCUCCAGCCUCUCCGGUACCCGCCGCAGGACGAGACUCUGGGUACAAUUCGAGCCUCCCAGUUUCCCAUGGGGAUGAGGCAAAUUUGUACGAGGAGCCGCCGGACCCCUCGGCCAUCUACGAAGAACCCCCUCAGGAACAAGUCGACGAUGCCAAAUACGACUACGCGGGGGAGUACCAGGAGCCGCCGGACCUGGCGGGGAAGGGGCUGUGUGCACGGGCGCUCUACGACUACCAGGCUGCCGAUGACACCGAGAUCUCAUUUGACCCAGAGAACAUCAUCACCAACAUCGAGAUGAUCGACGAGGGCUGGUGGCGUGGCUACGGUCCCGAUGGCCACUUCGGCAUGUUCCCUGCUAAUUACGUGGAACUGAUAGAGUAA